AUGAAGAAGAUAAUGAAGGGUUUGAGGGUUGAAUAUCAAAAGAUUGAUUUAUGUGAGAAUGAUUGUAUGUUAUUUUAUGGAGAUGACAAGGAUAAAGUUGUGUGUGAUAUAUGUGGUCAAGAUCGUUAUCGGGAUGUUUUGAGGAAAGAUGGUAAAAAAAUACCAAAAAAAAUAUUGAGACAUUUUCCUUUGAUUCCUCGACUACAACGCUUGUAUAUGUCAAAACAUACAUCCGACCAUAUGAGAUGGUACAAGAAUCGAGAUGUCAAAGAUGGAGAAAUUAGUCAUCCCGCGGACGGAGAAGAGUGGAAAAAUUUUGAUCGUCGAUAUCCAUCAUUUGCUCAAGAAAUUCGUAAUAUAAGGCUUGGCCUUGCAACCGACGGUUUCAACCCAUUUGGCCCUACCGGGAAAAAAACAUAUAGUGUGUGGCCCAUAGUAGUAGUUGUCUACAAUCUUCCGCCAUCAAUGUGUAUGAAAAAACCCUAUAUGUUUAUGACCGAUAUAGUGCCGGGUCCGAAUAGCAUUGGCAAAGAUAUUAACGUUUGUCUAAGGCCUCUCAUUGAUGAAUUGAAGAUAUUGUGGAAUACAGGAAUUGAAACAUAUGAUCAAUCUUUGAAACAAAAUUUUACAAUGAGAGCGGCUCUUAUGUGGACAAUUAGUGAUUAUCCCGCUAUGAGUAUGAUAAGUGGAUGGUCGGGUAAAGGAAAAUUAGGAUGUCAAGUGUGUCUUGGAAGUGUGCAAGGGUUUCAAUUAAAACAUUGUGGUAAAUGUAGUUUCUAUGGCACGAACCGAAUAUUCCUUGAACCGAAUGAUCCACUACGUCGGAAAAGUAAUUUGUUUGAUAAUGCGGAAAGAAGAGUGUUUCGUGGUCGUUUGUCCGGGGAGGGUGUAAAGGAGUUGCUUGACGGUUUAGUUUUUCCACCACCCGGAAAGACUAAUACAAAGGCGAGGAGUAUCGGAUAUGGGGAAGAGCAUCAUUGGACUCAUGUUCCAAUUUUUUAUGAACUCCCUUAUUGGUCUUCACAUAGUUUACGAUAUUCAAUUGAUAUCAUGCAUACGGAAAAAAAUGUUUUUGAGAACCUAUUUUUUACUAUUGUGAAUGCGAAGAAGUCAAAGGAUCACAAAAAAGCAAGAGCGGAUUGCAAGCACUUUGGUGUGUUACCUCAUUUGUGGAUCGAUGAAAAUGGCAAGUCACCCAAAGCACCUUUUUCCAUUACAAGAAAACAACGUAAACUUUUGUGUGAAUGGAUUAGUUCACUGAAACUUCCAGACGGUUAUUCCUCAAAUAUAUCUCGUUGUUGUAAUGUUGAGGAGUGUACAUUUUAUGGAUUCAAAUCGCAUGAUUGUCAUAUAUUUCUUCAAAAAUUAUUGCCUCUUGCAAUUCGUGAGCUUUUACCGGCGCCUAUUGCGGCUGCCAUCACGGCAAUUGCAAAUUUUUUUCAAGAUUUGUGCUCAUCCACGGUUACAAAAACCGAUUUGGAAAUAAUGGAAAAAUCAGUUGUGAAGGCAUUGUGUUUAUUGGAAACAAUUUUUCCUCAAAGUUGGUUUGAUUCGAUGGAACACUUGGUUGUGCAUUUGGCGGAAGAAAUUAGACCGUGGCAGAAGGUUGACUGCGGUCGGUUUUGUGUCAAAGUCAACUCAGAUAAAAAGCACAUAACCGACCACUUUGGUCGGUCGGUUUUAGUAGUCGCUUCUGACGUGGUCUGA